UAGUUUUCCAUUGGAAUCGUGGAGAUUUCUUGCUAUUUUUGCUCUUUUGAUAGGAUUUACUUGAAAUCUUCAGUUGUUUCCUAUCAAAUUGGUAUCAAAGCAUGCCGAUCUAUGGGAUAUCAAUUGAUGGAAGGAAGGUUGAAGUCUUGGAGAGAAAACUUGGACAACUCAAAUCAGAUUUUGAGGAAAAGAUUUCUGAUUUUCAAAAUCUGAUUGCAUCCGUUAAUGAAAUGAUGAAGGAAAGUUCACCAUGGUGGAAGACAGGUUGAAGAAAUUACUUGAAGCCAAACCUAAUCCAGCGAAAUCUGAAGCAAAGGAAACCAUCGGCGGCCAUGGGAGAGGUGGAAACCCUAACCCGUUUAGGGGAAGUGAAAAUUCGGUAGUAGAGAUCCUGGAGGGAGAAGAUGAGAUGCCUCCGCUAGAGUUGUUUUCUAGGGAGGAGAGAAGCGUUGGCAAACAAAGAGGUGUUGAUUUUGCAAGGGGAAGGGAGGAAUUACAGGAGAAGAGGGCGAAGGGAUGUGUUUCAGAUGUGACGACAGGUAUACGCUGGGGUACUGGUGUAAGGACCGAACUCUUCAGGUUCUUACCGUUUGUGAUGAAGAAGGAAUGGAGGAGAAUGUCGUCUUUCCACCUUACUGACAAGGUGGAUUUUUGGGAGGGGAGUAUUGUUAGACCGGUCCGACCGGACCAGCUUGCGCGAACAGAGGCGGACAUUUCUGCCUCUAAAAUUACUGUUUUUCAAUUGUUUUCUAUUGGAAUCAUGGAGAUUUCUCGCUGUUUUUCCUCUCUUGAUAGGAUUUACUUGAAAUCUUCAAGUGUUUCCUAUCAGUAUCAUUGCCAUCACGGGUUGCUAGCCUCAAUUCUUAUUCACAUGAUUAGUGAUGGAGCCCCUUCUAGAGUUUUUGCUCUCAAUGAUCCUCUUGAUGCUGAGAAUAUGGAUGAUUCACUCUCUUUCUGCUGCCUCUGUUUUUGGCAUUUCUAACACAGAAAAAAUGCUUUAAAUCUUACAUUUUAUGAUGAGAAGAAAUAGCAUAAAAGUAUACCGUCAGUCUGUAAAAUUUACUAGGCUCCAAAUUAAUGGUUUUAAUGAUGGCAAUGGGGGUUUCUCUGUUUUGGCGAUUGGUUCACCUAUUAGCCUUGUUGAUGUAUUAUAUUUUUAGUUCUUCUUUUCAUCUAGCAAUACUUAGCUAUUGCUUCGUGUCAUACUCUUAUUAAAUAUUUUUCUUGAAAUAAAAAACGGCUAAUCACUUGAUCAUGGGGCACAUGCCAAAGCCAAAGAACAUGACUCGACUCUGAAACAAAUGACACCCAAGUUCUACUAUAUCAAACUUCAUGAAACAAUUCAUAAAAUAAAUACAAAGAGAAUGAGAUAUGACUUUGGUAUGUUAUGGUUAGUGAAAUUUUUAAGUUGCUCUGGAUGGCUGCCAUCGGGUUUUGAAGUUCAUUGAAGAUUCAACAAGCAGAGGAAAGUACAACAUCUAGGCUUUGUUUUAUCAGCAAUCACAAGUAGUAAGUUAAUGCAAUAGAAAUUUGUUCUUAUUAAUAAGUAUUAUUUGUGUUGUAAAUUUUCUCUGUUAUUUUAUGGCAGUUAUGAUUAGUUUGAAAUUUUUAUUUUUUCGAGGGUAGUUUAUAAUUUUUUAAUACAGCCUGUUUGUAUAAAUAGGGCAUAGUUUGAAAUAUUAUUAUUAGAGUUGAAAUGGAAUUGAAAAAAAGAUUUCUUUUAGCCAUCUCCCUCUCUCCCCCUCCCCCUCCCUCCAGGAAUUCACUCACUUCUAGGGUUUCUCCUUACUAUUCUUCUCGCUACCUUGUGCCUCCUUGAGUUCACUCAUUUUUUCUCUUCAAUUCUCUUUUCUCUCUUGCUCUUUGAUUAACUUUCUAUGCCGGAUUCGCCUACUUUGUUUCUUUCUGUUAUUUCUUCAAUCCUCUUUUCUCUCUAGCUCUCCAGUUCUUUUACAACUCUGAAUUUUUCUUUGCUGCUGCCCUACUACAUGUCACUGGGUGCCUUUAAUCUUUUCUAGGAAAAUGUUUGAACUUUACUGGACUGCAGAAUUAGUUUGAGGUGGAGAAUUGUUAUGCUUAGAUCACAUAUAUAUAUAACAAGCAUUGCUUUUCAGUUAGUUAUGUGACGGACAAUUGAUUUGGGUUCAAUAUUCAUCUUCGAAUAUCUUGAACUACAAUUAAUUGCUUGCAAAAUUGUAAAAACCUAAAAGAAGUAAAAUUUGAGCACAGUAAAAUUUCUGGUGAAUUUGUAUGCUUUUGCGCUUAAAAAUAAAAUGCCAAGCUUUGCUUCAUUUGAAUGUGCAUCUUGUUGGUGCGAUGCAUUUUAAAUGGUAUGAAUUCCAAAGUAGAACAUUUUAUCUUGAUGGUUAAAUUUUUUUCUUGAAAGAAAAAAAACUUUUAAUAUUUGUUUGCUGUGUCAAGGAAAAACUUUUUUUUUUCCAAGGCAAAACAUGACGCCAGAAGUCAUCAUGAUAUAGGAACUUCAUGUUUUUAUUUAUUUAUAUCAUUUGAGUAAAUGCUAAUAUUUUCACCUUACAAUUAGGAAACAGUGAAAAAGGAGUAUGAUAAUUUCAAGUUUCGACAACCAUAUCAGCAAGCCAUGUAUAACUGCUCAUUGAUACUAGAUGAAAAUGCCUGGCCAUGGAAUGAGGAACUUGAAGUCCUGCCCCAUCUUGAAGUUGCGCAUCUUGCAAAUUUCUCCAGGCAUUUUCUCUCAAGAACCUUUUUGGAGUGUUUUGUUGCAGGAAACAUUGAGACAGCUAAUGCAGAAGUAAUGGUCCAACAUAUUGAAGAUGUUCUAUUUCAACAUCCCCAACCUAUAUGCAAACCUUUAUUUCCUUCACAGCAUUUAACAAGUAGAAUUGUUAAGCUUGAAAGGAGCACUAAGUAUUGUUUCUCAAUUGACUGCUUAAAUCCAAGUGAUGAGAAUUCUGCUCUCUUGUAUUAUAUUCAGGUUCAUCGAGAUGAUAUAAAGUUAAACAUCUUGCUGGAAUUGUUUGCUCUUGUUGCCAAGCAACCAGCAUUCCAUCAGCUUCGUUCAGUUGAACAACUUGGCUACAUAACUGUGCUUCUGCAGAGGAAUGAUUCAGGAAUCCGAGGACUGCAGUUUAUUAUUCAGUCCACUGUGAAGGAUCCUGCACAGCUAGAUUCUAGAGUCGAAGCUUUUCUUAAAAUGUUUGAAAGUGAACUCAACAAAAUGGCUGACAGUGAUUUUAAGAGCAAUGUCAACGCACUAAUUAAAAUGAAACUUGAGAAACAUAAGAAUCUGUGGGAGGAAUCAUCGUUCUAUUGGAAAGAGAUUGCUGUUGGUACUCUUAAAUUUGACAGAAGAGAGGCUGAGGUAGCCGCGUUGAGAAAUCUGACCAAGGAGCAAUUGAUUGAUUUCUUCAAUGGCUUUGUUAAAGCUGAUGCUCCGAAAAGGAAAACCCUUAGCGUACGAGUCUAUGGAUGUUUGCAUUCUGCCGAGUACAAGCAAGCAAUAACUGAGCCAGAUCAUCCUCCCAAAACAGUUGGAAUAAAGGAUGUUUGCAGCUUCAGAAGAUCAAGGCCUCUUUUUGCAUCCUUCAGGGGUGGCCAUGGCCUUAUCAAACUGUAGAUUCUUUGGUGCAGAAGCUCAUUACUUUGCCAUAGUAAUUCCCCAAAUGUUUGAAAUUCUUCUUGUUUUCAUUGCUUCUCUAAAUAUGAUUUUUUUUUUUUUUUUUU